AUUGUUUAAAAUGUCUCAAAUGAUAAUUUUCAAUUCUGCUGAUGAUAACAUUCGCAAUAUUCUCCUAGCGAACAUAUAUACUAAUGAUGAAGUGUAUUAUCUUAUCUAAUGAAACAAAUAAAAUUGUAGAAAUUUAGUUGUCACAAGAAAGGUAUUAUUUGAACAAUUUCGUAAUAAAAUGGUGUUUUGUUUGUGCAGGCGUCGUGGCUUCAAUGAAACUUUAGUGAUAAACUCAAUUUCUAAAGGCCAAUAUAAAACGCGAGAUGAAAAUCAACAUGAAAUAAUCAACAUAAAAAUUAAGCCUAUCACAGAUGGAGACCAAGAAGACGGACUAAUAGAUGUGAACAAAACGAAAAUUUUAGCUAAUGGAGGUCCUCCAAAUGUUACGCCUCAACCAAACGAUAGCAAUUCAGUGGUAAACCCAAACCUCCAGUUAUCAAAUUCAGAAGAUGAAGAUUCUUUGAAUCCAGAUAGAAAUAGUAUUUCCAAAUCAUCUACUGAAAGAGUUUCUUUAAAAUCAAUCGAUACGAAAGAUCAACGCUCAUCAACCCCAGAUUUGGACACUUCUGCCGUAGAACCUAAGCCAAAAAGUGGGAAACCAAAUAAUUCCAAGAAACAUAAAGCUCCACCUCCUCCACAAGUAUUCGAUCAACAAGUUGAUACAAGGAAGUCAAAUGCAUCCGAAAUCGAUAUUUCUUCUUCAGAUCAAAAUGAAAAUAUAGCAUCAGGAAGUAUAUCAGCAUCCAGUGUUGAGAAUGAUGAACAAAGAAGAGAAGGUAUCGCAGUUCGUAUCGAUGCAAAUUUGGACGAAAAACUUCCUGUUUACAUGAAAGAUCCACAUGAUGCAGAACUUAUACGAAAAGCAAUAGAGAAGAACGAGUUUCUUUAUAAAAUAAUUUCUAAAGAACAUUUAGAUGAAGUAAUAUCUGCAAUGUACAAUAGAGAAGUUUCAGCUAAAGAGACAAUUAUUAAUCAAGGAGAUAAGGGCAAGCACAUGUAUAUUUCAGCUAGCGGCACCUUCCAGAUCAUUAUCAAGGGUAAAUUGGUUGACGAAUUUAAUGAUGUCAGAGUGUUUGGUGAGAUAUCUAUUUUACAUAAUAGCAGAAGAUUAGCAACUAUCAAAGCAGCGACUGCUGGACGAGUUUGGGUUCUUGAUAAUACAGUAUAUCAACAAAUAAAGAUUAGGCACGCCAUAAAGCAAGAAGAUGAAAUACAAGAGUUUUUAAUGAAUAAUGAAAUACUGAAUGUAGUAGGAAAAGAAGCGUUACAAGUAGUUUCUACGUUACUUAAGUCUGAAUUUUAUAAUUCUGGUGAGAAAAUUGUGAAGCAAGGCGACAGAGGUGACAAAUUCUUCAUUAUCAGAGCAGGAACAGUAACAAUAACCACGGAAAAAGAUGGAAUUGUAGGCGUAUAUAAAAAAGGUGAUUGUUUCGGAGAGCUGGCUCUUUUAGAAGAGGAUUGCAGGAAAGCAACAGUUACAGCAAAUGCUCCAGGAGUUGAAUGCUUAACUCUAACAAGACAAGAAUUCAUAGCUCAUUUUGGAGAGGUUAAGAAGUUCAAAUAUAUCAGAGUGUCCGAUAAACCUAAAGAUUCAAUACAUUCUGUCAAUGCUGAAUUUGAUGAAAUCGAUUUGAGAGAUCUGAAAAUAAAGAAAACAAUUGGAGUUGGUGGAUUUGGUAGAGUAGAAUUAGUGCAGCAUGUGCAAAAUGACAAUAUUGUAUUUGCUCUGAAAUAUUUAAAGAAAAUUGAAAUUGUUCAGCAGUGCCAACAAGAACAUGUUUUCAACGAAAAGGUUAUUCAAAUGAGUAGCAGAUCGCCUUUUAUUGUUAGAUUGUAUAGAACUUACAAGGAUAGGAAGUAUGUUUAUUUUUUGAUGGAAGCUUGUUUAGGUGGUGACUUGUGGAGUUUGUUACAGAGGCACAAAAAUAGGCGAUUCGAUGAAAAAGACGCCAUGUUUAUAUGUGCAUGCGUUCUACUAGCUUUUGAGUACCUACAUCAACGAGGUAUUAUUUAUCGCGAUCUUAAACCAGAAAAUUUACUUAUAGCUGCGAAUGGUUAUAUUAAGUUGACCGAUUUCGGAUUUUCAAAGAAGAUUGUAGGUGUGGGAAAAACAUAUACUUUUGCAGGAACUCCAGAAUAUGUAGCUCCAGAAAUUGUUUUAAACAGAGGUCAUGACAGAGCCGUCGAUUAUUGGGCAUUUGGAGUUUUUGUUUUCGAGAUGCUCACAGGAAGAACGCCGUUUAGAACUGAUGAUAGUACUCACAUGAAAACUUAUAACAUGAUUCUAACUGGAAUCGACAGUACUGCUUUUCCCACUUAUAUCAAUUUGAAAGCGAGACAACUCAUACAAAAAUUAUGUCGUCCAGUACCCUCGGAACGUUUGGGAAUGCAUAAAAACGGUAUUUUAGAUAUAAAAAAUCAUAAAUGGUUCGGAGGUGUGGAUUGGCAAAAGUUUGCAAAUUUACAUGUGGCCUCCCCAUUUAAACCAAAAUUAUCAGGACCGGCAGAUACUAAAUAUUUCGAUAAUUUUAAAAAAGAUACUGACAAUCCCCCCGAUGAAUUGUCGGGUUGGGAUGAGAAAUUUUAAUUUUUAGAAUUUAAAGAUAUUCUGAACUCAAAGUUAAUACAUGACUAAUUCAAAAGUGAUGUUAUGUUUCACAUAUUGAGACCGUCAGUACGUCAAUCAACCGAUACAUUCACCUGGAAUUACCUUCCGUCUAUUGUUGGCAUUUUGAUAUAGGUUAUUCAAAUAUUUGGAAUUAUGAAUUCUGCUCUUUAUUUACAUUAUUUAGUCAUCACAGUAUAAUUUUAUCUGGAAAUAGUUUUUAAUCUAGUUGCCACGAAGUAUAGAUACCAGGAGUCCGAGCGGUAUUGAAUUAAAUCGAAUAUAAACAGGGCCGAAUUAAGCUAGAGGCUUUGGGGGGCUAUAGCCAGGGUCCCCAGGUCCAAGAGGGCCCCAUCAUUUGGAAAACAUUCUGUAUUUUUGACGUGUUGAUACCACAAAUCUAACGUAGUGAUAUUAUUUUUUUAGUUUUUCCGGGUUUCCGAAUUACUUAAAGGGGCCUCGGGCCUAAUAAAUCUUAAUCCGGCCCUGAAUAUUAUAUAGUAGAGUAUUAGAAAAUUGUUCUUACGUUACAAAUCGUAAUUAUUAAAUUAAUAUCCUUAUAGACAAAGUUGUAAAUAUUUUGUCAAUUGAUUGUGUUUGCCUCUUUAAAAAACAACUUUUUCUAAAGUGGCUUUUACACUGGGUCUUUCAAGGAAUAGUUGAAAUUUGAAUCGACUGUUUCUUUUUUAUCGAUAGAGGUGGAACUUUGCCCACCCACUCUAAAAAAUUUUGAGAGUAGUGGCUAAGAAUUUCAAAAGUAAUUUAGUUUUUCUUUUUUCUUACAGUUUUGUUGUAAUAAUCAGUGAUUCUUUAAGAGGUAUAGAAUUUGAUUUUGAAAAAAAACCACGAAAAAUUUGGAAAAAUUGAUGAAAUCUUUAUUGGAAUCGAUAGAUCGAUCAGUAUAAUUUAAUGUUGGAAGAUGAUUUUAUGCAAAUGUUGGCCGCGGUUCUGCUUUAAUUAGCCCAUGCGCAAGGUCCAAUUUUGGCAUACUCUCUCAAACAUAUCGGCCGGUAUUUCACGAAUAAAUGCUUCAAUUUUGGCUUCUAGUGCGUCAAUUGUUAUGUAGACAUUAGCCUCAACAUGGCCCCACAAGAAAUAGUCCAAAAGCAUUAAAUCACACGAUUUAAUGCGGCCAAUUGACGGGCUCCAAACGUGAUAUAAACUGUUCAUCGAAAGUGGUUCUCAAUUUGACCAUUGUUUUGCAUGCCGUGUGGCAAGUGGCACCAUAUCGUUGAAACCACAUGUCAGGUAUGUCCAAUUCUUCCAUUUUGGCCAAAAAAAUCUUCAAUCAUCACACGAUAGAGCUCGCCAUUCACUGUAACGUUUCGGCCAUCGUCGCUUUUGAAGAAGUACGACCCGAUGAUGCUACCGGCUCAUAAUCCACACCAAACAGUGACUUUCGGGAUGCAUUGGUAGCUCUUGCAAUGCUUCUGGCUGGUCUUCACUCCAGAUGCGGCAAUUUUGCUUGUUGACGUAUCCAUUCAACCAGAAAUGACCUUCGUCACCGUACACAAUUUUUCGAAUAAAAAUGAUCUCCUUCCUACUUUGCCAGCGCCCACUCACCAAAUGUUAGACGUUGUGGGAUAUCGUGUGGCUUCAAUUCUUGCACCAGUCGUGUAUUUUAAGGUUUUACACUCAAUUGCUGUGAACUGCGAUGAAUCAACAUUUCACGGUCAUCAGUAACACUGGCGUAUACAGCGUGAUCUGUCAAAAACAGUGUUGCCAAAAAGAUAUCGGCAAAAAAAUCACUCGUUACAUAUAAAUGCUUAAGUACUUUGGUAUUUUUUUAUAGCUUAUAUGCUAGUUAUUUUUCACUUUCACUUAGUUCACAGUAUUAUAACGUCGCAUUUAGAAAAUCGCGCAAAACCAAUCACCAUAUUCAGAAUCAUCAGAAACGUUAUAAGCAAAAUCCUCGAAGUUAAUAAGCGAAAAACCAUUACAACACAGGUAAAGUAGAAAAACGAAAUAGAUGCUCAGUUUAUGCUUGGACCAAAAACAAAGAAACAAGGAAAUUUUUUAUUGUAAAUUAUCGAGGAAAUCGAGGAAAUAUUCAUCAGGUAUUCAAACUUUUUGGUGCCAAUAUCUACAACGAUAUAUUUUUUCGAAAGUGUAACGCCUCUGGUAAGAAAAAUCUAUAAACUUCAAAAUUAUUUGCUUAUCGUAAAUUUUCCAAUUUUUUAAUCAAAUUCCGGUUUUUCGUGAUUUCUUAUGUUUAUGAAUUUUUACCAACUUUUGAAAUUGGAAUCAUAUGGGUCAUAAAGUAGACAGUUCAAGAAUUUAGCGAGUAUUUGUUAAAAUUUUUCGAAUAUGUAUAAAACCUUAAAAAUUUGACUGUUCCAUGAAAGACCUAGUGUACACACAGUCCCAAAAUAUAUAAUGUACAAACGAAGGGCUAAAUUUGGACACAUUAAUUGUUAAUAAAUGACAAUUGACAAUUGACAAUUUUUGAAUAUAUUCUUACCAGUAAAUUUUCAUAGAGAUAAUUCUUAAUAGUUUUACAAGGAAAGAUUGAAAAUGAAUUGCUUCUAAACUCAAUUUCUUUUCGCUUAAAUCUAUUUUUUUGAAACAAAAUGGUUUGGUGCUGAUUUUUGUAUUAUGAUUUACUAACAUCGGAUGUUUUAGUGAAUUGAAAACUUUUAUUGAAGUCCACGUGUCUCAAAAUAUUUUUUCCAGAGCUGUCAAUAGCAACAAUAUUACAUUCGGAGUCCUUGUAUAUAUACUUCGUGUUAACUGCUUUCGGUACUCAUGGCUCUUUCUGACAUGGCUUUCAAAAUUCUCCUAAUUUGACAUCUGUUGUUGUUUGUUGUGCUUUCGUUUAUUAUUACGGUUUUUCCUCCCAUGAUUUCUCUUAUUUUCUCAUUUCAGUCACAUUAAAUUCCCAUCCAGAAACCAAUUUCUUUGGUUUCAUUUCCACAUCUCGCACCGUACAACACCACAUUCUUAGGGGUUAGUACAGAUACUUCUUUGGAUCAUAGGAAUGAAAUAAAUGUAUCCAUAAUUUCUUUUCCUUUACUUAUAAAUUAUUGAAUUCUUAUUUUCCUAAACCAAGACAUUUACCAAUAAAGCGCUUUAUUUUUUGUUCAAACACAUUCAAAAUCUUUGUUAUGGUUCACAAACUGCAUGAGUUAAAAUUGAUUUGUUUGGAGCACAGAAAUUAAUCUACAUUAACUAGAAAUCGAUAUUUGGAUUAAAAACUAUUUAUUUUAUUCGGAGAUAACCUAAGUUGUAAUAAAUUUAUAAAAAUAAAUAAAUCAUCUCAUAUU